AUGGGGGCCAACAGCCAACCCACGAAUUCAUCGCCGUCGCCGUCGCUAAGCGAAAACAACACAACCCAGAACAAUAACGACAACACGCGGCGAGGCCCCCGUCGCUUUCUGCACCCUCGACAGUCGGCCAUUGGUCUACGGAGACUUGGCUCUUCCACGAGACAAGAUGCUGGGCAGGUAAACAACAAUGGCAACAAGCCGCCGCCUCAGGUGGUGCGCUCCAUGCUAGAUGUUGACGAUUACGCCGAUCGAGGAUCUAUCAAGCUCCGGAGGCCCGGAGCACGGAGUGCCGCCGAGCCUCAAACUCCCAACAAUGUGCGUUCCAUGUUGGAUGUUGACGACAACACUGAAAGGGACACCGACGCUGCCGACUUUGCUUCCACUGAUGGCGUCGCCGCCGCCGCCGCCCCCACGCCCGCAAACAAGGAGCGUAUGGGACGUUUCGGCCGCAUGAAGAUUCUCGGCCGGAAGCCCAGAGCCGGUUCUCACGGUCAGGAUCAGCUCAUUGUUCAGGAUGAGUACGAUCCGAGCGUCGUAGAUAUGCUGGACGUUGUCGAUCCCGAGGUUGCAACCUUAAACUCUAUCACAAACGUCCAAAACUCUCUCUUCAUCCCCUCUCUGGGACGACUUGUGAACAGACGCCCGACUUAUAACCUUUCAAGCGUUCCACGCUUGCCUGGCGCCUUUCCUCCAGAGGCCAAUGAAAUGAGCCGGGCACAAACACCAGAUCGCCUUCAACCGAUCGAGUCAAAUGAGGCCAGCGAGGCAGGCACUCCUACCACCGAGGAUGAACAAACACUAGGACGCCCAUCAAUGGAGCGAAUUCCCAGCACCAUGACGGACCGCUUCUAUGCUGUGCGGCCUUCCAACACAUCCCUAGCAGAUUGGAGCGAUGAAGAUCUCGCCGAAUUAAACGAUCACGUCCGUCAUAUGCUCCACUCAAAACGCUCCGCUUUCAAGCGUAGAAUGAAGGCUUUCGGCCAAUACGUGCGCAAGCCCUUGGGAUUCUUCGUCACCUUGUAUGCCACCUUGAUCACUCUCUUUGGUCUGGCCUGGGUACUCUUCCUCAUUGGCUGGAUUAACGUCGGUGGUAAGCAAUUAUAUGUCAUCAACGUUAUUGACAAUGUGCUCGUGGCUCUCUUUGCCAUUAUGGGUGACGGCCUAAUCCCCUGGCGUCUCGUCGAUACCUAUCACAUGAUCUUCAUUGCACGCUACCAUCACCUCACCUGGAAACUUCGCGACAAGAUGGAGGUCCCAGAGCUAAAGGACAAGAACGAUUUGCCCUCCCAGCCAGUCGUUUCAAACCCCGAAGAGCAAAGGGAUCUCGAGGCUGCUCGUGAUCCUCAUUUCAAGGAGGGAGAAUAUUCUGUCCUGACUCCCGAGCAGCAGAAAAAGCUGGAACACCACCAGAACAAGUUUGCUAAAUCCCACACUUUUUACAAACCGCACGAGACGGAGACGCACUUUGCUUUUCCACUACGUCUCCUCGUCGCCAUUGUCGUCUUGCUGGAUUGUCACUCUUGUUUUCAGCUCGCCCUGGGCUUGUGUACUUGGCUCAUUGACUACCGAACGCGACCUGGUGCGUUGACUGCGGUCAUCCUUUGUUGUUCCAUUGCCGUCAACACCACGGCUGGCAUCCUUAUUACCAUUGGUGACCGGCGGACGCGUAAAAAGGAUGUCGUGGAACGCAUGUUCCGACAGGAGCUGACCGAAGAGGCCAUGCGCCGAAUCGAGCACAAGAAGGAAAAGGAGGCGAAGGAGAAAGAAAAGGCCGAGAACCGACUACACGAUAUCCAAGAGGAAGAUGGCAUAUGGCCACUACCCAAGAUCGACUUCUUGCAUAGAAACAGCGACGACAACAAGGGAAAGAGCAGAAAGAGUGGAGAACUCAGCAGAAAGUCUCUUGAUCAAAGCAGGAAAUCUCUUGACCAAGUAGGCAAAUUCACUUCCAACGUUGGCACCCGCAGUUCCAAGAGUAUGGACGAACCGCGGGUUUCGGGGGCGUUUCCCAAAGAGGAGAAUUGA